AUGGCCGCUGCCGCGCAUUGGAAGCGCAUGUCGUUCCUGAUCAAUGACGGGGCAGCCUUCCUGUUUUCGGCAGUUGACCACUCCGCCAAGGUGCACAUCUACUCCGUCACCCUGGCGAUAUCUGGAAAGGCUGUCGUGCAGCUACUCGGCGUCGUUCGCGACGACUACCUCCACUUCACGCAGAUCGCUGCCGGGGCGCACUUCACGGGAGUGGUGGACUUCCUAAUUGCGGCCUGGGGCGAUGCAAUCGGGAUCCUUAGCGACGGCAUCUUGCAGAUCAUCCAUCCGCAGGGCGAGGAGAUCUGCGAGUGGGAGGUCCAUCGGACCAUCGUGCAAAUCAGCAUGUCAAAUCACGUAGUCUUACUGGGUGACGACGGCACUGCCCACGCUUUGGGCAGGAACGACGCGGGCCAGUGCGACCUACCCGAUCUCCAGGAUAACGUGAAGUUCACGGAGGUCGCAGCCGGGUGGAAGCACUCGGUGCUGCUGCGCAGCGAUGGGACUGCAGCAGCUUGCGGCAGCAAUGACUGGGGGCAGUGCAACAUCCCACCUCUGAGUGAGGGCGUCACCUACACGCAUGUCGCGGCCGGGGCGAAGUAUACCAGAUGCAACACAAGUGACGGGAACAUUGUGGUUUGUGGAUUGUCCGCGAACAACCAGGACAUCGCAUUUUGUGCCCUGGGUCCGGGCACCGCCUUCGCUGCUGCGGCGCCGCCCUCGAUGCAGCUGCACGCGACGCUGGCGGACCUCGCAAUGAUAUUCCGGACAGUGAGCGGCGAGGAGUGCUGGAGGACCUCAGUCUCAUCCGAAACUACACUGAAGACGAUUUGGCGUGAUCUGAAACUGGUUUGGAAAGAGGGCCAGUUCGGGCGCGGUGCUGGGAGAGUCGACGCAGUCCUGCCGGGGGGCCGGCUGCUCACAUGCGCCUGCGCGAAGGGCGACACCGUCUCGAGCGUUUUCGGCGCUCCAGAAAUGUACGGGGGCGCCACGCGUUAA